AUGUCUCAGCUGCCAGCUGAGGCGCGGGGAGUUGCAGCUGGGGUGUUGAUCUACUCUUUGAUCUGCCUGAUCGCCAAUUUCCUCAUGUUCUGGCUUGUCUGGACACAUAAUGAGAGACUUAGCUAUGUCGCUCUCAUAUCAUAUUUCGCCUUUUUAGCAACCACUUGCAGCAUAAUACAACAGGUACAUGACAACAUACAAUGGAGAGACGUCAUCACCUUGCAAUUCGAGAAUACCAGCGCGAAUCCCGCUAGUCCUGUGCUUGCCCUUGGUAAUGGGUCCACUGGCGCAGAUCUUAUUCUGUUCUAUAUUCAAUACUACUGCUACAUUGUCGAGGCAACCCUUGUUUUAUUCUGGGCAUUCUCCCUCACACAGUCAGUAUAUGGAUGGUCAGAGAAACACAGCCUACGACGCAGUUUCGCCUUUGCCAAUCUCACCGGUAAAAUUGUCUCGGUCAUCCUUCCGGCCAUUGCAAUUGGGCUGCUUCAAUCAAAAGUCGUCCAGGGGUCGUUCAUUGCUUUUAUGCUGGUGGCCGAUCUGCAAUUUGCGAUUAGUGUUGCUGGCGGUGGCUUCAUGCUUCUAAUGAUAUUGAUCAAGUACAUCCAGACUCGGAGGCAGUUCAAGGCUUGGAGCGUCGACUAUGGAAAGAAUUCCCGUGUCUCAAAGAGUUCCCCAGCUCCUCGUAUCAGCGGGGCACCCCAUCUAAAGCGCUCCUUGGGUAUAUACGACAGGUGGCUCGUGGUACGAUUCACGAGCGCCUUCGUGGUCCUCUUCAUAUUCGAGUUUACCAAUGUUUGGUUCCAGAUCACUGCCCACCAGAACAACAUCCGUGAUGCACGCGCCUCAUCGCCAGAUUUCAGCGCAUCCAGAGCGCGAAAGUCGUACCUACUCGACAUACCCGGCGUCUCCGCAAGUUUGCUAUCAUUCUUGAUGUUUGGUACCACGAAGCCCUUUCGGGACAAAAUGUACACCACAUUCAUUCCAAAGAGGUUUCAGCGUAGAAGCGAAACAGCAACGCUUACGAACCCAUCCUACGGAGCCAACGCGAACUCGACGAUAGCAACGUCUCGGCGUUCACAAAUGAGCGGGCAAUUGUUCCCCGGCUUCGACUUCGGGUUCAACACGGACGAGCUAAGAAAUUCGGGCGCUGCCGUCAAGGCCUCGGAUAGCGAAUUUCCCGUACUACCGUCGAUGCUAUCUUCGAGGGGCGAGAAAUGCCAGACUUGGGUCUGAUGGGGGGUGGUGGGUCUCAGGCCUGAAGACAGUGUACAUUCACUGGUAAUCAGGAAAUACCAGUGAUCACAUUGACGAUGCAGAUACAUCAGACGGUAGACUUGUCGGUUUCUCCCAGCUCCCGGAUCAAAAUUUCCAUAGUCCUGUUUCGCUCGGUCCAUAAGCAUGGUAUCCGACACGACUGACAGGGACAUUCCGGCUUCGGCUGUAUAUCAGCGGAUUGCGCCUCCUUCUUCAGCACGAAAUCCUACAGCAAUUUUCUGAUCUCAACGAUAUGUCCUGCUUGCGAUUACCGGAUAGUCUUGCGAACCAUCGUGCUGUAGAAACGAUAAGCCGAAUGCGAAGGUGGGG